AGCGUGAAUCACGUGGACUGUGACUGUAAUAAGCCUUCCCUUUUACGUAGUCCACAUGGUUGCGACCUUAUUGUCUAUUUUUGCAGCGUUUCAUCGUUCAGAAGUAAAGAUGUCCGGCCAGAAAGAAGUAACGUUUAUAAUGGUGAAACCCGAUGGGGUCCAGCGGGGGCUCGUUGGCGAAAUCAUCAAGCGGUUCGAGAGCAGGGGUUUCCAGCUUGUCGGAUGUAAAAUGAUGUCGCCAUCCAAGGAGCAUUUGGAGAAGCAUUAUGCAGACCUCAAGUCAAAAUCCUUCUUCCCUGGACUUAUCAAAUACAUGUCAAGUGGACCAGUUGUCGCCAUGGCAUGGCAAGGAAAGAGUGUCGUGAAGACUGGACGUGCCAUGCUGGGCGCCACCAACCCCUUGGAAUCCAAUCCUGGCACCAUUCGUGGCGACUUCUGUAUAGACAUUGGAAGGAACAUAUGUCAUGGUAGUGAUUCUGUUGAAAGUGGAAAGCAUGAGGUUGAGCUCUGGUUUGGGGAAAAGACAGAAGACUACAGUCUAUGUACAGAAAGCAUGAUUUAUGAAUGAACUGUACACAAUAGAGACUAACUGUGGCCGCGAUUCAGGAUCAAGAAGGAACAGUGAUCUGGAGGGUUGUACGAUCUGUGAUAAAAUCAUGUCGUUAUAUCAUUUUGAUAAUGUUCUUGUAUUUUGACCAACAAACAUGACCAUGAAUAUAUGUAACACAAAAGUGUUGACUUAUUUAACAAUCAUGUACAAGUUAUAUGCUGUAGAAAAUCUGGCAUAAAUUAAAACAAUAAAACACCAGCAUG